AUGAGGGGUGAGGGAACAGAUAGCAAGUACGAGACACCUUGGUUUGCAUAUUCCUCGUUAACGUUCAUUCUUGAUUCUGACACCUCAAGAGACACAAAGGACUACUUGCACGGUAUCUCCGACAACAUUGAAGACACCUUGGAUGAAGAUGAGGAAACUAAUGAAAUGUCAAUACCCGAAUGUUCGUGGUGUGGAGAUGUUUGUCUCAAACCGGGAAUAGAGCGGAAAGACAUGAGCGAAAAUAUAAACACAUCAGAGCACACACACACUAACAGGAACCUUUUAAAAAGAAAAAAGGAAGAAGAAAAGAAAGAAGAAGAAGCUUUCACCUCCACGUCUAUUGCACAAAAGGACGACUGCAACAUAUUUGUACAAAUGGUGGAAGCUGAGUUACGUAAGUUGAACCCCAAAAAUAGGGUUAUUGCCAAAAAUAAAAUACAGAAUAUCUUGUUCGACCUUCAACUACAGGAGAUAAAUGAAACACAAUCGGACGUUAUAAACCCAAAGUAGAAUUGUAUGCUACGUCAUCAAAUUCUGAGAAUACUACUGCCUCUAUUUGAUUGUUUUGCUGAUGGAGAGAGCAAUCCUGGAAAUGGGAAUGUGAUAAAAGAAUUUUAGUAUAACAUUUAAAAGCUGUUUGUAAAAUAUCGGAGUCACAGAUAUCUACACUGGACACUGGGCGAAUAGUAAAAGGACAUUUUUAGUUUGAGGUAAAUUUAUUAAAU